AUGCCUGCAACAGAACUAGCGCCACCACCGCCAAAGAUUCCAUUGCACUUGCAGCAAGACCCAGCGGAUGACGAGAUGCGCAAGACGGUUGUACGGCGCAGAGGUGCGAAUUAUCUACAAAAAGAGGAACAGGCUUUGCUUGAACUGCAACAACGCGCGAGUGCACGAUCGCCUGUAUCACUUGAUCGGAUCGCUGAGUUGGAUGACGCGCCGCUCAAUGUCUAUGAACGUGGCGAAGCGGUGGAUUAUGAUGGCAAGAUUUACUGUUGUGGUGCCAAAGGCCUUGUUAAGCAAGGUGGCCGCUUGAGUGCUCCCAAUGAAGUCAAUUUUGGUUACGACGACGAUCGUGGCGAUUAUUUGAUUCAUCAUGGGGACCAUUUCGCAUAUCGCUACGAAAUUGUGGAUAUCCUGGGCAAAGGCUCGUUUGGACAGGUGAUGCGCUGUAUUGAUUACAAGACUGGUAGUCUGGUAGCCAUCAAGACGAUUCGCAACAAGAAGCGCUUCCAUGCACAGGCGCUUGUUGAGGUGAAUAUAUUACAGCGGCUUCGCGAAUGGGAUCCAGAAGACAAGCAUUGCAUGAUUCGGUACACGGACCACUUUUACUUUCGGCAUCACUUGUGCAUUGCCACCAACCUGCUCGGCAUGAACUUGUAUGAGUACAUCAAGGCGAAUGAGUUUCGUGGUUGUUCGAUCGGUGUCAUUCGCAGCUUUACCCGGCAGAUCUUGUCCUGUCUUGAGCUCCUUGGUCGGCAUCGCGUCAUUCACUGCGACCUGAAACCGGAAAAUAUUCUGCUUGUCAAUAUCUGGGAGAGCAAGAUCAAGAUUAUUGACUUUGGCUCGAGCUGCUUUGAGGACCAAAAGGUGUAUACCUACAUUCAGUCCCGCUUCUACAGAUCACCAGAAGUCAUUCUAGGCAUGUCGUAUGGCCUACCAAUUGACAUUUGGAGCAUGGCGUGCAUUCUAGCAGAGUUGUACACGGGCUAUCCGAUCUUCCCCGGUGAAGAUGAGCAAGAACAACUCUCCUGUAUUAUGGAACUGUUUGGCCCGCCAGAAAAGCACCUUAUUGAAAACUCCACCAGGAAGAAGCUCUUCUUUGAUGGGUUUGGCAAACCUAGACAGGUUGUGUCGUCGCGCGGGCGCAAACGGAGACCGUCGAGCAAGACUCUAUCGCAAGCACUCAAAUGUCAAGAUGAAGCAUUUAUUGAUUUUUUGACGCGUUGUUUGCGUUGGAAUCCAGAGAGUAGGCUGACACCGACCACGGCACUUGCACAUCCCUUUGUGACGGGCGAGGCAAUGCCGGUGUCCUUGCUCCCGCCGCCAACCUUGGCUUCGCGGCUUGGGUCACCUCGCAAGUUUGAGCACAGACGCCUUGCUUCUGGGCUGCCGGUGAAAUCCCACUAGAAAGUCUAGAAUGCUCUCCUGAUGCUCGCAUCAGUCUCAGGCAGAAAAUAUACGACUCUUUGUCUCA